AAUGAAGAUCUCACUAAUGGUCUUGGUGAUGGUAAUUAUCCCUCAAAUAUUCGACCCAGGUGAGUUCUGUGCCACAUUUGUUGAUCCACGUGUUCUGUUCUCUACUUUGGUCAAAAAUGAGGUUUUGAUUCUAUAAGGGUUAUAGUUAGGGAACUGUAUAGCAUACCAUUCAAAAUGUAUAAAAUGAAACUUUUCAGAGGCUUUGCUUCAGGGGCACCCAACGACAAUUUUCGGGAAAAUAUCUGUUCGGAAGACGAUUUGACAUCUAGAAUUUUCGGAACAUUUGUUGUAAAAUUUCUUGCUUGCCUGCCUCUCCUAGGAGUUUCGGACAUCUAAAAAAUGAUAUAAUUGCCUAUUUUUAACGGAUUUUUACCCUAAAAAAGUCACCUAGAAUUUUCGGGAGCCUUUUUUCAGGCUAAAAUUUUCGAAAAGGUAAGUUUUGAUCCCUAUAAUUUUUGGAUCACUUGACUUUCAGCUAGGAAAUCCGAACAGAUGAAAAAUUUCCAGGGGAUAAAAAUAUGCCUAUAUCUACCGUUUAAAUACUAAAAUACGUUUAACAAUUCUAUGUUUAAGUGGUUUUGAACUAUAUUCUCGUUGGGUGCCCCUGUUGCUUUAGGAUGUGCGCGAACAAAUGCAUGGUUACCUUCUACUUUGUAUCAAUCAUUUAUUGAAAUGACACCUCAUGGAUGGCAUUAAGGUCAUGUUACACGAGACGAUUAGCAACGACGAUUUUUAACGCAUUGUGGCGACAUUGUUUCGAAUGGUUACAACAUUGUUCCAACAUUUCAACACUGUGUUGCGCCAGUAAUUGUCGUUGUGUAACGUCAUCUUUAAAAGCUGGCGCCAAACUUUAGAAGUCAGAAACUAUCCUCCCAAACCGAAAAUUAAAUAUUCUGAGAAAACGUCAGGGAAAAUAUCAUAUAAAACAGUUAUAAAUAUUCUGAGAACAUCUAAGGAAAAAGCACUUACAGUUUCGAAUAUAAGCAGCAUAGGUGUGUAAAGUUAAAGCAGAAACUCAUACAAAGGGGUUGAAACGUGUAACUCGUGAUCAAUGCUCGCGAAUAUUCAUUCUUCUGUAAGUAUCAUAUUUGGAGACCCUUGCUGCGGCCUCAAAAGAGCAAUCGGUUUAACAUCAACUUCGCACUUGCAUAACGCUUUUUUGAACAUUUCUUUGCCGUCACUGUAAGACUACGACGUGAAACUGCCUAAUUUUCCUUUUUGUGGAAGGCGAAAACACAAGACAACGACUUUCUUUUUUCUUUCUUGAACUUCGGUACAGUUCUUUAGAAUUCGACUAGAGAGAAAUUUGCUAUUACUCGAUCUUGUCGUCUCGUUCCAAAUAUGGUACUUUUGAAAAUGAAUACCGUUUGCGAGCAUCGGACAAAGCAAACAUAUGAGUAACACAUUUCAAUCCCUUAUGGGUUUCUGGUAAUAGAUAAUAAACGAUGUAUAAUUUCUAACUGUUCUGACAACUGACAAGGCAUCAUAUUUCCUCAUCAGUUUCGUCCCUGCAGUGUCACGUGUGUAUCAGCUCGCUUUCCUGGAAGGACUGUGCCGAGUCACAGGAUCCUUUAAGUUGUUCGUCUGCGGGGGACCAGUACUGCUACUAUCACAGUAUUCAAACAAACGUGGGCGGCUACGUAAUGAAAGCAUUCGCUAAGGGAUGUACCUCAUCUGAUAAAUGCAGUCCAGAAGCCAUUACGUCUUGUAAAAACACCCAAAUUCAACAUCAACAAAUGGGAAUCAACAGUGUGAAGUGCUUUCUCGAUUGCUGCCAGGGCGAUUUGUGCAAUUAA